AUGCAAUCGUUCAAGUUAUCGUUCAAGGGACAUGUGUAUCCCAGGAAGUCAGAUAGCUCGACGACUUUACCUCUCAGCAAUUCCGACACGAGGUCGUCCUUGUCACGAUUUUCACUGACAAGGCGGUGUACUCGUCUUUUGAUGGGAUUAAUCUUAGUCUGCUUAUUUGUGUUCUUCUCGCGCACCAAGGCGACUGCGCCAUUUCGGCUGCAGGAGCUAUCGCUGGCGGAAGAGCACUCGUUACCGCCAUUGUACGAGGAAUAUCAUGAUUACGAACGACACUUGCCGCAGCAUAACCUUUCAUUGCCUUUCCCAGAAGGACGUGAUGCGAAGUUCUUUUGGGCCGCCAACCAUGUCACUAUUUCGGGAUGGGGAAAUGCCAUGCAAGAGCUUGUGAUGAAUGCGGCGCUGUCUCAUGUAACUAAAAGAACUUUCGUGUUCGAUAAUUUCACAUGGGAACGAGAUGCUCCCGAUUACUCGACGUUCAACGGCAAACUCAUACCUUCCCGUAUUCCCUUGUCGGCUAUCAUCAGUGGUCCCAUAAUAGGGUCGUCAUUUCCCCCCGGGGAUGCCGCCCCUCGUGCUGUCUCGCGGGAGUACUUCAAGGAAGUGUGCCCUAAUCCCACCAUCAUCGACAGCUGGGUUGUGAACGAGCAUCUUAGGCUGGACGAUAACGUACCUGCUCUGGAAAUAUUUGAGAAGUGGGUGGAGAGAUUGAAUUCUAUCGACGAUCCAUGCGUUGAGAUAAGGCAGGAAUCAUAUCAACUGUUUGAGAUUUGGUUGUUCGGUUCGAGACGCAUACUUUCAAUGUGGCCUAUCCUAUCCAAAUCGCCUAUCCUGACAGAUUUCUCUUGGUCUCCGCUUAUUUAUCAGGCGUACGCGGAGAAUGCUCAUUUGUUUACACCGACUUCUUCCUCGUUUGGAUUUUUACCCUCGUUCAUACGCCCUUCCGGCCAGCAACAAACUUCUACACCACUACACGACAUCCAUCCUGUUGUCAAAUCACAGGAAAUGGAUACUAUCCCUGGGUUGCUGGCUCUUCAUAUUCGCCGAGGCGACUUCGCGGGUCAUUGUUCACAUCUUGCUAACUGGUCCUCAAAUUGGAAUGGGUUCAACCAGUUCUCUGCCCUCCCCGAUAAGUUCAGAGUCCCUACGGAUGGUGGCUGGGGCGUGACCACGGAGGCAAAUAUGAACAUGUACUUCAAAGCGUGUUUCCCAACGAUUGAGCAGAUUGUGGAGAAAGUGCAGAACGUGCUUGCUGACCAAAGGCGUCUAUAUGGACCUGUAAAGGAGUUGAAGAGCAUAUAUGUUAUGACGAAUGGAGACGUGGAGUGGCUGAAACAGCUCAAGGAGGCCCUGAUGCAGGUGAAGAAAUGGGAUGCUGUUGUGACCAGCAGAGAUAUGAAGUUGAGCUGGGAGGCAAAGCCUGUCGCACAAGCCGUGGACAUGCUGAUCGGUCAGCGUGCUCAGGUGUUAAUAGGUAACGGGUUUUCCAGCCUAACAUCCAACAUUGUGAUGUUACGCAUGUUGAUGGACAUUCCCUCGGAAGAUACUCGGUUCUGGUGA